UUGUGCGACAAAAUGUUCGGUGCGAUUGUUGCUGGUCAACUGGUUCAGACGGAGUUUGUGCUGGUCUGCGAGAACAAAUUCCUUCUCAAACUGGCACCUUUUGGCGAUGUCAACCACCUUGUGGUUUUUCUAACAGGGACGACAUUUUUCCCCGAUGGAAUGGGUGGUGGUGUCUAUCUUGGUCUCCCGGAGGAUAAUUUCGUUGCUUGGCACUUUUUGGGUACCUUGAGCAAUGACCAUCCGAGUGCAAUCUACAAGAUUGGCAACUUGCGUAAAGGAGUUCAACGACAAAAAUCCGAACAUCCUUUUUCUGCUUCUUUUGGUCUAUCCCCAACUAACGGAACCGUUGUGGAAGCCCAACUGGGUAUUUCAGUCGAGCCCUUGGUCAAUCUGCCGCCGAAAUCCGAUGGGUUGGAAUCACAGCUGACCAAUGCCGAUCACAUGACGCGAUUCACACGUUUUGCCGCGGAAAAUUUAUUCAACUAUGUGGCCAGUUUUGCCCGUGAAUCCCUCUCCCCCUCAGAUCCCCUCGUUCCAUUGUCAGCAAUUAAAAGCUGGUUCGACACAAUGCUUCACAAAUUGAACCUAGAUCCAUCAUUUUGGAAAAAAUAAGAUCCUUUUCGUAGAAUCCAUGCGUACCCUCUUCAUUACUCGGAUUUCUACUUCCUUUUGGCCUUUUACAACUAUCCCUGAUUUUCCAUACCUUGAGCUUUCAUGUUGUUCCGAUCGCUUUUGUAAACUACUCGCUACGUUUUCAGCUAGUCCUCUU